AUGGCUUCUUCCCUUCUCUUUCGCAUCGUCCUUCUCACAAUAAGCAGCAUAAUGAGCAUAGAAGCAAAGGAUUUCGCAGUAGGUGGAAAGCCCAGCGCAUGGAAAAUCCCUUCUUCUAAUUCAGAUUCUCUCAACCAAUGGGCUGAGGCCAACCGCUUCCAAGUCGGCGAUUACCUCGUAUGGGAUUAUGACGCCAAGAAGGACUCAGUUCUCCAGGUGAGGAAGAAGGACUACCAUAGCUGCAACACUUCGAGCCCCAUUGCCGUGCACCAGGACGGCAACACACGAGUGAGGCUUCGCCGAUCUGGAGCUCACUACUUCAUAAGCGGUGUAGAAGGAGCCUGUGAGAAGGGGGAAAAGCUUGUUGUUGUGGUGAUAUCAGAGAAUCACAGAGAGGGUUUUCAGAGUAGCUUAUCGCCGGCGCCGGCUCCGGCAGAGUUUGAUAGUGGUUCUCCGGCAAUGGCUCCGGUGACUGGUGGUGUGUCCACAGCUGGAAGAGGGCUUGUGGGUGCUGUUCUGGCUUUGUUGAUUGGUGUUGGUGUUGUUGGCCUAGUGCUGGUUUGA